CUCUCACAGCCCACAGCUCAGGUCUGCAGCUGGGUCCUGCCUCCUCUCAGGAGGGCCAUGGCCAGGACUUGGCUGCUGCUGCUUCUCCCGGCCCUCGGGUGUCCAGCCCUGCCCACGGAUCUUAUUUCCUUCCCUUCCUCCCCAGCGGUAACCACCCUCCUGAGGCUGGCACAACAAGGUGUGGGCGGCACACCCUUCCCCUCUCUGGCCCCACCAAUCACGCUGCUGGUGGAUGGGAAGCAACAGACGCUGGUGGUCUGUUUGGUCCUCGAUGUUGCACCCCCUGGUCUUGAGAGCCCCAUCUGGUUCUCAGCUGGCAAUGGCAGCUCACUGGACGCCUUCACCUACGGCCCUUCCCCAGAGGCUGACGGCACCUGGACUAGCUUGGCUCAGCUCUCUCUGCCCUCCGAGGAGCUGGCAGCCUGGGAAUACUUGGUCUGCCACACUGGGCCUGAGGCUGGCGACCAGAGCCAGAGCACACAGCCCCUGCAGCUGUCAGGAGGGGCUUCCUCAGCCAGGACUUGCCUCUGGGAGCGUGUCACAGGGACUCGGGGCCAGGCGCUGCGGCUUGGGGCGCUGCGCCUGCUGCUCUUCAAGCUGCUACUGUUGGACGUGCUCCUGACCUGCAGCCGCCUCCGCGGCCUGCCCUCCGCGGGGGAGACCCCGCGCUCCCCGCGCCCCAGCGGGCCGGCAGGUGCACCGCCGUCUCCCGCAGCCUCCGCCCGCAGGCGCGCCCUCAGCCCCCGCCGCCUGCACUGGCCGCAGUUGGGGGCGCGCCCGGAGCCCCGGAGCCCAGGCUGGGAGGAGGGGAGGCUCUCUACCCACCGAGCUUGGGCCUGGUGCUCGUGAGCCACCCUGUAUUCCUUCCUUAAGCCUUGCAGUAUUUGUCUGUGACCUGCCUCCUCCUGCAGUUGGAAGUUUCUGGGGCUGGGCUCUGUCUCCCGCCUCCGAUUGAGGGCUUCUGAGGGAGGAGGGUGGUGGUCCACAGGUACUGGGACAUUUGAGGAGCAGGGAACUGAGACUAAUUAAAGGAGAACUUAAAUGA